UAGUUCUUCCAGAGCACCAUCCUGUUCAAGAGAACUGGAGAGUCACGGUUGUUGUUGCGGUUGUUGUUGCUGUCCUCGGCGCGGUUCUUCCUCUGAUCAUCUAUUUCCUAUGUAGCUGCUGGUCGUGGCGAAAAGAUGCUAGAAGAAGCAGGAGCCGCGUGGCAUCUGUCUCUUAGAAAGGUGAUGAGUGUCUUUAUCCUGUCUGACAAUCACCGCUGUAAACUUUGUCUUUAAAGAGCCCACAAGAUGAGGAGGCAGUUCGUCAGUGCAGUGUUGCAUGGCAUGUGCAAGCCAAGUCCAGUCUCCAGUACCGAAGAAGGUGUUUUGACGCGAGACUAUGAAACCACUCACAUUUGCAUAUGCUGUACCUUGCAUACAUUCAGCGCCCCAUUGCCAUCUCCUGCUCCUCCCUCUCCCUCCCUCACACCAGUGACCCUCUUCCUCCCUGAUAAUCCCCCUCCUACUCUCAGGAAGUAGAUGAUUGAUCAGUCUAGAUGCUGCAUGACAGAAAACACGUUACAGCCGUCUUUCUGGGUCUUGGUUUGCUUAGCACGAUGAUCUCUAGUCAUUUACUUUAGGACGACAUAAUUUUGUUCUUAACAAUGGUUCAAUAAAAUUUUGUAGUGCAUAUAUAUAUGUAGGUAUGUACGUACCCCCUGUUCUUUUUACUUACUUAUCUGUUGAUGGCUCUGUAUUUUGGCUAC